CACACACACACACACACACGCACCCAUCUGCUCUUUCUCAUCCCUCGGACACCUCAAAUCCAUUUCUCUAACUGCAUGAAGACGUUGCCAUCAGCCAACUGCACCCUGGAAGGAGGACUGUAACGGGGAAAAGACGCUUAGAUGCUUGAAUCCUGAAAGUAUGAGUGACGGUGCAGCGUGUUGUCCAGCUGCUGUGGCGCUCUGGAGGACGGGAAGUUGAGAGUCAGAGCCGGUGGAACAGCAACUUUUGUAGACUUUUCAAUCCCGCCGCCCGCAAGUAGCCAGCAGCCCCAAUUUAGACUUCUUUUACGCAGGGAUUGUGCGUCUGGAGAGCUUUGACAUUAGACCAGUCUUUUAGGUUAUGUAUUGUCGAGGGCGUCUCGAAACGACAAGGAAAUGGCAUUUCUGUGAAGAAGAGGUGUCUUGUUUUUUGUGGUUGACAAUGGAGAAUAAAUGAAAGGGACCGUUUCUGGGGAUUAAUUGACAGCACAACGACAGAAUGCGGGAAAGGGACCUACAGAGCAUGUGCAGAAGGGCGCUGCUGCUGACUGUCUGUAUGGUGUCUCUGUGGGGACAACUGACCAGCGCAUCGUCACACAGAAGCCACAUAGUUCAUGUAAAAGCGGGAACCUGUGAGGUAAUUGCCGCACACCGAUGCUGCAACAAGAACAAGAUCGAAGAGAGAUCCCAGACUGUCAAGUGCUCCUGCUUCCCUGGACAGGUGGCGGGAACAACAAGAGCGGCUCCAUCUUGUGUAGACGCAUCCAUAGUUGCACAGAAGUGGUGGUGCCAGAUGCAUCCCUGCAUGGAUGGGGAAGAGUGUAAAGUGCUGCCAGAUCUCAAAGGAUGGAGCUGCAGUACAGGAAACAAAGUUAAGACAACCAAGGUCACACGAUAGUCGUCUGUUUCCAGGAUUCCCUUGUUUGGUACCAGACAUUUGUUUCUUUGACCAACGCUGCAGGACAUUUGGAGGCCAUAUGUUUUUCGAGGAUUGGCUGAAACCAGGGACCGACGGGGACAAUGAUCACGGACAUUCCACUGAACGAGUGGAGGAAACGGAACAGGGAGCAUUAACAGUAGCUGUAUCUGAACUCUACUUCCCACCAAAUGUCUCUUUGUAUAAUAGAUGUAUUCAUAUGGACUCCAAGACUCAACUAUGAAGAUAUUUAUUGACUAAAAGACUGUGGAUUACACCAGAAAAAAAAUUCACCCUCAAAAACAAAAUGUGAUGUGAAGCUUUUGUGUUAUUUUCUUGCCACAAAGAGCCCUGGGACUCGUGAUGCAUAUCUGUGUUGAAGAUCUAGUUAGAUCAUAAGCAUUUUCAUUCCUUUUAGCCUUAUGGAGCAGAGAUACCUCUUCUCUUUCUUUUCUUUUUGUUGUUGAUUUGAAUCUACCAAGUGUUUGGCUUUCUUAAGUUUGUUAGGAUGUCAUGUCUUCUUUUUAAAGACAAAAGACGAUGCCGCAACAAUGAAACCUAGAAGAAAUGUAAUGAAGAAUUGUCAACACAGCUUAGUUCAGCCAAAUGUUUUAAUGGUAUCUGUUGUUUUCAAAGCCUGGUGACUACCAUUGAUUACAAAUGUCAAUAUUAUCUCAAUAAAUCUAACUCAAUGGAUAUUGCUGUUCAGGAAAA